UAAAGAGACAAUAGAGGUUGCUGUACAAGUCCUGGCUGAGAAAGAUAGCUGCUGGCAUGAGGAAUAUGUCAGGAACAAUAAGUCUGAAAGAGUGACACUUCUGUAAGAGAAGUAACUGGCAGACAGGAAGUUAAAAGACGUCUGAAAGAGUCUGGGAGCUAUCAAGUGAUGAAAGAGGCUUGUUAUACAGUGCAGAGGUCUUGGAGGAGAAGAUUCAUUCUCCAGACACGUCUGAGACAAAUGAUCUCCCUCCAGGCAGGCUGACUCUCUGCAUGGUGAAAAAAUAACUCUCUUGAUCCUUGAGUCGACUGUCAACCCUUCUGAAUUUAAACAUUUACCUUAGCUUAUCUUCUCUACUGGGACCAGGAAAAGACUUUAAAACGACCUGUUUAACUUACUCAAAGGAAAAGGUGUCUUAUUAAGUGAUAAAUUGUAACGCAGACGAAGAAAUAAUAACCAUCUUCCGCUUCCAAAACAAACGUGGUGUUAUUUUUAUCUGGACGCGCGCGCGGCCACGAAGGUUGCUACGAAUGACACAGCGGGGAGCCUUCGUUCACUUAAGCUCGACAGAAGGAAUCCUGAAACUAUUUCACAGGUUUAUCUUUGUCCUCAAGGCUAAAUGGAAGGAAACAAUGCGGGUCCAACAAGAUGCGCGGUCAGUGUGCAGUUACAGCAUGAAGUAAAAUGGGGGGCGUGUCCGGUGGCGACCCCGGCGACAGCCGCGACUCUGGUUUUGGUUGGAAAGUGUGAACGUAACGGGAAAAACGUCUCAGAAUGUAGGUCGAAAUUGGUUUUCUUUUUAAAAACAUAACUAAUAUUGAGGAUAACGACAGGGAGGCAGUCUCGCGAGCCGGGCCGGCAGCCGUAUUUAUCUGCUGUGACACUUUGUGCCACUCGGCCUUUGUUCUCCGUCUCAGUGCGCCAUUGACAUUUGCACCGGCUUUGUGAAAGUCAUGUGGUUCAUCUCCCAGCUAAAGGAGGAGAAAAGACAACACGCUCUCAUAGACGCCUUUAAGUCUGUUUUGUUUUUUUAAAGCAUUAUGCUCAGGAAUCCUUUGGCUGACACCCAGGGGACUGUCACAAGGUGUGUUCUGAUGUUAUUUAAGAAAAUUACACCCUGAAAUGAGAUUAAAUCAAUUUGCUGCAUUAUCCUUUGGCAAAUGGAACCAACAUUAAAUACCGUAGUUUAAUACACUUGGUAUUUAUUUGUAGGCUACUUACAUGUCACAUAUUUUUAAAUAGAUACCUGCUGUGUGUUUUAAUUGAUGCCACUUAAUUUUUACUGCUACAAUUUAAUUUAGAGAAUCUUCUGAUGCAAGGUGAACCUCCACUCAAGUCUCGACUCUUUCCAGCUACAUCCAUCUUCCGAACAAGUGUGACUUCCUGUUUGAAGAAAGGCAUUCCCAGAAUAUGAUGCUUGCUGAUAAUGGUGCCGUGUUAGCUUUCUUUGCACACUAAAAUUGUGUUUCUGUCUUAGCUGACCAGAUCCAAUUCCUCUACAUGUUUCCUCUGCCCUUUACAUAAAAAUGUUCAUGAUAUUUUUUCUUCUCCCAUGUGUAGAGGCUAUUUAUGCUAUCCUCAAAGCAGUAGUACAGGGUUGAGUCCCUGACCUUGAGACCUUUGUUGUCUGUUUGCGCCCUUCUUCCCUCACAGUUCAUUUCCUCUCCUGUUAAAUAAUAACCACUAGUGCCAGAAGAUGUUAAAGAAAUUGCUUCCUCUUCACAACCCUUCGAUAAAAGUCAGGUUUAUGGAGUUGGAGACUGAGAGUCCCUUCAACAGACUCUCCCACCUGGUUGUCUGCAGCUCCUCCAAAGCUUUAAUAGAUCUAAUGGCGGCUUCUCUGAUUAAUGCUCUCCCUACUUGUCCAAUGCAGUAGGUUGUGCCAUACGCUUUAUUUAGGGGUAUCAGAGUUAAGAUAGACGAAUAGAAAUGCAUACCAGACUUUUAUGGAAAGGUUGUUGAAAUCCUUCUAAGAUGUGUGCAUUAAAGCUGCGGUAUGUAACUUUUAUAAAAAUGUUUUUGUUUUUUUUUUGUUUUUUUUUACAUAUUUCUUAAAACUUUCACUGUGUACUUAUUUUACGAGACAGAAAUUUUGUGGAAAAAUCGAGCUCCUCUGACUCUUCCUGUGGUCCUUUCACAGAUUGUCUCAUACUAUCAGGACUCAGUGACAGAUCUAACAAAUAUCUAAAAGGAACGUAAAUUUCCAAAAGUUUCCUACUGCGGCUGUAAAUAUGCCGGAUUCAAACUAUAUUGUUUAUUCACAAAACAACUCUUAAUUGGCCCUAAUUGUUCUGCCUCUGCAUUGGUUGGACGUAUGCAGAUAGGCUGUAUAUAGAAGGGCUGAGGAGGCUCGAAAAGCUAGCUGUUGAAAUUCGUGAAAGGGACAAACGACAGCUGAGAACAAGAGCCCUGGUGUGCUGAAGAGUGUGACACGAGGAGCAGACAGCCAAUUAACGAGACACAGGAGGUUGCUGAACUCCCAUCGUGUGAAAUCCUCAGUGUCAAAGGGACUCGUUUGGUUAUUUGGUGGGGUCUUAAGUUGGUCGGCUAAAUAAACACCUGACUUAAAGAUGUCUUCUGUUAACGUGACACUUCUUAUCAGCAUUGAUUCUGCUCUGAGGUGAAUGUAUUUAUUUCCAGCCUGGUACGGAGAGAUUUGCGAGCAGGCAGCUGUCCCACCCAGCCUUUUAUUGCAGACAGAGGAAGGCACACUGAAGUCCAGAGGGAGGCAAGGAAGGUCUCCGAGAAAGAAUCCAAGCCAAAGUAUUCACAAGGUUAUCUUUGUCCUCCAGGACAGUUGAAUCCUCUAACAAUAGGGACUCUGACAGUGUGAUGUUCAAUCUUAUUGUAGUGUGAGUGAAAGGUUCUUUUUCCACUUUGGAAAAACUAUAAAAAAAAUAUCACCAUGGCUUUUUCUUCACAUUUUCCCCGUACAAAACAAAUGUUUAUUGAGUUAAUUGCCAAAAGAAUUUGUAACGGCAAAAAAUAUUUCGCACAUUUUAGACAAAAAAAAAAUCCUGAAAAUUUGUUUUGUAAAUCCCACUCAACCUUCAGUGUUGGGCAGGAAUCUUUUCUGUGAUUUCAGCAUUUGUUUGUCUUCCAUCCUUCAAGAAGGUCAGGACCAAAAUAGAUCCUGAUUUAGAACCUUCUGAUAGACUUUACGUGCGACAGCCAAUAGAAACAUGGCAGCUAUGACUGUCCACACCUUUUAUUUCCAAAUGCAGAUGUUCCCUGUUGUGCUCUUGCUCUGUCCUUGUAGGGGGGGGGGCUGCUUCAGCAAAGCACUGCCUACUGGAUGUAUAAAAAGAGAAGAUCCAAAGCAACAGCAAGGACAGAAACAGCACACCUGCCGACUGAUCCAGCAGAACAAGUCAGCUAAAGAGAAGAGGAGGAUCAAACAGCUUUCAAGAUGUCAGGCGACGCCUUAAUGGCGGAGUUUGGGCCAGCAGCGUCCUUCCUGAGAAAAUCCGACAAGGAGCGACUGGAGGCCCAAACGCGACCCUUUGACAUGAAGAGGGCCUGUUUUGUGCCCGAUCCCGAAGUGGAGUACGUUAAGGCUACGGUUACCAGCAGAGAUGGGGACAAAGUCACCGUUGACACUGAAACUGGAAAGACUGUUACAGUUAAGGAGGUAGAUGUCCACCCCCAGAACCCACCAAAGUUCGAUAAAAUUGAAGACAUGGCCAUGUUCACCUUCCUCCAUGAGCCUGCUGUGUUGUUUAACCUCAAAGAGCGUUACGCAGCAUGGAUGAUCUAUACCUACUCAGGACUCUUCUGCGUGACCGUCAACCCCUACAAGUGGCUGCCGGUGUACGAUAAAUCGGUGGUUAACGCCUACAGAGGAAAGAAGAGGAGUGAAGCUCCUCCUCACAUCUACUCCAUCUCUGACAACGCCUAUCAGUACAUGCUGUCGGACAGAGAAAACCAGUCAAUCCUCAUCACUGGAGAGUCUGGUGCAGGAAAGACUGUAAACACCAAAAGGGUCAUCCAGUACUUUGCCAGCAUUGCGGCUGUCUCUGGAAAGAAAGAUCCAAGUCAGGAGAAAAAGGGAACCCUGGAAGAUCAAAUCAUCCAGGCCAAUCCUGCUCUGGAGGCUUUUGGAAAUGCCAAGACCAUCCGAAAUGACAACUCUUCCAGAUUUGGUAAAUUCAUUCGAAUUCACUUUGGGGUGAGUGGAAAAUUGUCCUCAGCUGACAUUGAGACAUAUCUGUUGGAAAAAUCUCGUGUCACUUAUCAGCUCAAAGCUGAGAGAGACUAUCACAUCUUCUAUCAGAUUCUGUCCCAAAGGAAGCCAGAGCUGUUGGACAUGUUGUUGAUCACCAACAACCCCUAUGACUAUGCGUACAUCUCUCAAGGAGAAACAACCGUAGCCUCCAUCAACGAUGCAGAAGAGCUAAUGGCUACUGAUGAAGCUUUUGAUGUCCUGGGAUUCACCCAAGAGGAAAAGAAUGGCAUCUACAAGUUGACUGGAGCUAUUAUGCAUUAUGGAAAUAUGAAGUUCAAGCAGAAGCAGAGGGAAGAACAGGCAGAGCCUGACGGCACAGAGGAUGUGGACAAAGUGGCAUAUCUCAUGGGCCUGAACUCUGCUGACCUCAUCAAGGGUCUCUGUCACCCGAGAGUUAAAGUAGGCAACGAGUGGGUCACCAAGGGCCAAAGUGUGCAGCAGGUGUACUACUCUAUCGGUGCUCUGGGAAAGUCGGUGUACGAGAAAAUGUUCCUGUGGAUGGUGGUGAGAAUCAACCAGUCCCUUGAUACCAAACAACCUCGGCAGUACUUCAUCGGGGUGUUGGACAUCGCUGGAUUUGAGAUCUUUGAUUACAACACCUUCGAGCAACUGUGCAUCAACUACACCAAUGAGAAGUUGCAGCAGUUUUUCAACCACCACAUGUUUGUGUUGGAGCAAGAGGAGUACAAGAAAGAGGGCAUUGUGUGGGAGUUCAUUGACUUUGGUAUGGAUUUGGCAGCCUGCAUUGAACUCAUAGAAAAGCCAAUGGGCAUCAUGUCGAUCCUUGAAGAGGAAUGUAUGUUCCCAAAAGCCAGUGACUCAACAUUUAAGGCAAAACUAUAUGACAACCAUCUGGGUAAAAGCCCCAACUUCCAAAAGCCCAGAAUUGUUAAAGGGAAACCAGAAGCUCAUUUCUCUUUGGUUCACUAUGCUGGUACUGUUGAUUACAACAUCUCCAACUGGCUGGAAAAGAAUAAAGAUCCACUGAAUGAGACUGUGGUUGGACUCUUUCAGAAGUCUAACCUGAAGUUACUAUCUAUGCUAUUUGUUGGGUAUGCUGGUGCUGAUUCAGCCCAGGAUGCAGGAGGCAAAGGGGGGAAGGGAGGAAAAAAGAAAGGUUCUUCCUUCCAGACUGUGUCUGCUUUGCACAGGGAAAAUCUGAACAAACUAAUGACCAACCUGAGGUCAACUCAUCCUCAUUUUGUUCGUUGCAUCAUCCCCAAUGAGACCAAGACUCCUGGGGCUAUGGAGAACCCUCUGGUCAUGCACCAGCUGCGCUGUAACGGUGUGCUGGAAGGAAUUAGAAUCUGCAGAAAGGGAUUCCCUAACAGGAUUCAGUACGGCGAUUUCAAGCAAAGAUAUCGCAUCUUGAACCCGAGUGCCAUCCCUGAAGGACAGUUCAUUGACAAUAAAAAAGCAGCAGAGAAACUUUUGGGGUCUUUGGACAUCGAUCAUGAGCAGUACAAGCUGGGACACACAAAGGUGUUCUUCAAAGCUGGGCUGCUGGGUGUGCUGGAAGAGAUGAGAGACGACCGUCUAGCUCUCAUCAUUACAGGGAUUCAGGCAAGAUCCAGAGGACUGCUUGCCAGGAUUGAGUUCCAGAAAAUUGUUGAACGCAGGGACUCCUUGCUGGUGAUCCAGUGGAACAUCCGUGCCUUCAUGAGCGUGAAGAAUUGGCCCUGGAUGAAGAUGUACUUCAAGAUCAAGCCUUUGCUCAAAUCAGCUGAGACCGAAAAGGAGAUGGCAAACAUGAAAGAGGAGUUUACCAAGCUCAAGGAGGCCUACGCCAAAUCCGAAGCCCGCAAGAAAGAGCUUGAGGAAAAGAUGGUCACCCUUCUCCAAGAGAAGAAUGAUUUACAGCUCCAAUUUCAAUCUGAGCAAGACAAUCUAGCAGAUGCUGAGGAGCGCUGUGAAGGUUUGAUCAAGAGCAAAAUCCAACUGGAGGCCAAAGCGAAAGAGCUGACAGAGAGGCUGGAGGAUGAGGAGGAAAUGAAUGCAGAGCUGACUGCCAAAAAAAGGAAGCUUGAGGACGAAUGUUCAGAGCUCAAGAAAGACAUUGACGAUUUGGAGCUGACUUUGGCUAAAGUGGAAAAGGAAAAGCAUGCCACUGAGAACAAGGUGAAAAACCUGACAGAAGAGAUGGCAGCUUUGGAUGAAAUCAUUGCCAAGUUGACCAAAGAAAAGAAAGCUCUUCAGGAGGCUCAUCAGCAGACGCUGGAUGACCUGCAAAGUGAGGAGGACAAAGUCAACUCUCUGACCAAGGCCAAAGUCAAGCUGGAACAGCAAGUCGAUGACCUUGAAGGAUCAUUGGAGCAAGAGAAGAAAAUAAGAAUGGAUCUGGAAAGAGCCAAGAGGAAGCUGGAAGGGGACUUGAAGUUGACCCAAGAAAAUGUGAUGGAUCUUGAGAAUGACAAACAGCAGCUGGAGGAGAAGCUUAAAAAGAAAGACUUUGAAAUCAGCCAGCAACUCGGUAAAAUUGAGGACGAGCAGGCGAUGGGUGCUCAACUUCAGAAAAAACUGAAGGAGUUGCAGGCCCGAAUUGAAGAGCUCGAGGAGGAGCUGGAGGCUGAAAGGGCUGCCCGGGCCAAAGUGGAGAAGCAAAGAGCCGACUUGGCCAGGGAGCUGGAGGAAAUCAGCGAGAGGCUGGAGGAAGCCGGAGGAGCCACCUCAGCCCAGAUUGAGCUGAACAAAAAGAGGGAGGCUGAGUUUCAGAAGAUGCGCAGAGACCUCGAAGAGGCCACUCUGCAGCACGAAGCCACCACGGCUUCGCUGAGGAAGAAGAACGCAGACAGUGUGGCCGACUUGGGAGAGCAGAUCGACAACCUGCAGAGGGUCAAGCAGAAGCUGGAGAAGGAGAAAAGCGAGCUCAAGCUGGAGCUGGACGAUGUGAUCUCCAACAUGGAGCAAAUCGCCAAAGUGAAAACCAACCUGGAGAAAAUGUGCCGUACUCUGGAGGACCAGGUGUCUGAAUACAGAACAAAAUCAGAGGAGGCACAACGCUCCAUUAGUGAUUUCACCAUGCAAAAAGCAAAGCUACAAACUGAAAAUGGGGAGCUUUUGCGGCAGAUGGAGGAAAAGGACUCUUUGGUCUCGCAGCUGACCCGAGGGAAGCUGUCCUACACUCAGCAGGUUGAAGAUCUCAAGAGACAGCUGGAGGAGGAGGUGAAGGCCAAGAAUGCACUUGCCCAUGCAGUGCAGUCUGCUCGCCAUGACUGCGAUCUGUUGAGAGAGCAGUUUGAGGAGGAGCAGGAAGCCAAAGCCGAGUUCCAGCGCAGCCUGUCCAAGGCCAACUCCGAGGUGGCUCAGUGGAGAACUAAGUACGAAACCGAUGCCAUCCAAAGAACUGAGGAGCUGGAAGAAGCAAAGAAGAAGCUAGCUCAACGCUUGCAGGAGGCUGAGGAAGCUGUUGAAGCUGCAAACGCUAAAUGCUCCUCCCUGGAGAAAACCAAACACAGGCUUCAAGGGGAAAUCGAGGAUCUCAUGGUGGAUGUGGAAAGAUCUAAUGCGGUUGCUGCAGCUUUGGACAAGAAGCAAAGAAACUUUGACAAGGUCCUUGCUGAGUGGAAGCAGAAGUACGAGGAGUCUCAGACGGAGCUGGAAAGUUCUCAGAAAGAGGCGCGUUCCCUCAGCACUGAGCUGUUCAAGCUCAAGAACUCCUACGAAGAAUCUCUGGAUCAUCUGGAGACCAUGAAACGCGAAAACAAGAACCUUCAAGAGGAAAUUUCUGACCUGACUGAGCAACUUGGUGAGGGAGGAAAGAACAUCCAUGAGCUGGAGAAGAUCCGCAAGCAGCUGGAGCAGGAGAAAGCCGAGAUACAAACGGCUCUGGAAGAAGCAGAGGGUUCUCUUGAGCACGAGGAGGGUAAGAUCCUCCGAACCCAGCUGGAGUUCAAUCAGGUGAAGGCGGACAUUGAGCGCAAGCUGGCCGAGAAGGACGAGGAGAUGGAGCAGGCCAAGAGGAACCAGCAGAGGACGGUGGACACCCUGCAGGGCUCCCUGGAGGCGGAGACUCGCAGCAGGAACGAGGCUCUUAGGCUGAAGAAGAAGAUGGAAGGAGAUCUCAAUGAGAUGGAGAUCCAGCUGAGCCAGGCCAACAGGCAGGCGGCAGAGGCUCAGAAGCAGCUCAAAGGAGUCCAUGCCCACCUAAAGGACUCACAGCUACAGCUGGACGAUGCGCUCCGUUCCAAUGACGAUCUUAAGGAGAACAUCGCGAUUGUGGACAGACGCAACAACCUGCUGCAGGCGGAGCUCGACGAGCUGAGGUCUCUGGUGGAGCAAACUGAGAGAGGUCGCAAGCUGGCGGAGCAGGAACUGCUGGAUGUCAGCGAGAGAGUUCAGCUGCUGCACUCUCAGAACACCAGCCUGCUGAACCAGAAGAAGAAGCUGGAGGGAGACGUCGCCCAGUUACAGAAUGAGGUGGAGGAGGCCGUGCAGGAGUGCAGAAACGCCGAAGAGAAGGCCAAGAAGGCCAUCACCGACGCAGCCAUGAUGGCGGAGGAGCUGAAGAAGGAGCAGGACACCUGCGCCCACUUGGAGCGCAUGAAGAAAAACAUGGAGCAAACCAUCAAGGACCUGCAGCACCGCCUGGACGAAGCGGAGCAAAUAGCGAUGAAGGGUGGGAAGAAGCAGGUCCAGAAACUGGAGGCCAGGGUCAGAGAGCUGGAAAAUGAGAUCGACAUUGAACAAAGAAAAAGCAGUGACUCUAUCAAAGGGGUCCGCAAGUAUGAGAGACGCAUCAAGGAGCUCACCUACCAGACGGAGGAGGACAAAAAGAACCUGGCCCGUCUGCAGGAUCUGGUGGAUAAACUUCAGAUGAAAGUGAAAUCUUACAAGCGGAGUGCAGAAGAGGCCGAGGAACAGUCCAACGUAAACCUGAGCAAGCUGCGCAAGCUGCAGCACGAGCUGGAGGAGGCGGAGGAGAGGGCCGAUAUCGCAGAGUCUCAAGUCAACAAGCUGCGAGCGAAGAGCCGAGACCCCGGAGCGAAGAAAUCGCACGAUGAAGAAUGAAGCCGCUGCCGAGGCUCCUAUGAGUGCCUGUAGUUUAGUCGUAGGCUUGUAGAUGUUCUUUAUCCUCCAUGCAACAUGAGCAGAAUAAAGAAUAAAUGUGUUAUGCAUGCCACCUGCACCACCGGUCUCAGUGGUUUAAUUUAAAUCCAUCAGCUGAUUACGGCAACACUUA